UCAAGAGCGCGUGAAGGAGCGGGCACGUCAGGGCGGAGCGAGAGGAGGGACUGUGGGAGAACCGAGUCAGGGAGGGGAGGGAGUGUGAGAGUCAAGCGCUUGCUGGGUCCGGGGGGAGGCGCGGGGCGCGGGGGCGGGGGCGGAGACCGUAUGUGUAUGUAGGUAGAGCAGCGAGGGCGAGGAGCCGAAGAAUGGGGGAGCAAUGCUCGAGCGAUUGCGAUGGUGGAGGGACUGGAGUAGGUGCCAGAGCAAUUGGAGUUUGAUUUGCGUGGUGGUGACAGCGGUGGGACGAGGUGAAGGCGACGCAGGAGACGGUCGUUGUUGUUGUUGGGCGAAGGUGGACCGUCUUCGUCGAGUGUGAUGUGAAGGCCGCAACGACGGCAGACCCCGAGGCCGGAGAGGUGACGAGGGGGGAGGGGCGGUGGCGACGAUGUGACAGGAGGCGCGAUGUGAAUGCGGGCGGCGUUGGGAAGCAGCUAAUGCGGAACCCGCGAGGGGCCAUGCGGGGCUGCUUCCUGCGUGCUCUGGUUCCGCUCUUGCUUUUCUUCCUCCUGCUGCCGUAUUUUUUCCAGUCAUUAUCGUAUUCGCGAGUCCCCCCUCGUUCCUUCACCUUGGAGCCCGCAGCUGAGCCCGUGUGUUCGCAGCAGUCCUCCUCGACUUUGUUGUUGGACAACAGCUCGUUCUGCACCGGUGCAUGUAAAGAAGAUUGCUUUCCGCGAGUUCGCGAUAUAUGCUUCUCUGCCAACAAGGUGAGGCUUUGUAAUAGGGAGACGAGGAGCCUUCGAACCAACAAACUAGGGAAGAGGCAUUCACCUCCUGGCGAGUCACCUGUGCCCCACUUUAUGCGAUUUCAAGGGGAGAGACUCACCGUCGGAGUGGAGUAUUCGGAAUGUGACGAGGAUUGGUCUUGGACCGAUGGCCUUACGGCAGUAGCAGAUCAGCGCUUUUUACCCUACAACAAACCUAACCCACAUCACGAGGCUGAGAAAAUUAUACCAGCCGUUCUUCUGGCCAGACAAUUUCAUACGAAACUGCACUGGUUUUCUAAUCAAGCGGAGGUUUCCAAAUGGGCCACGGGUUUCUUGGAAGCGGUGAAUAUGACGAAGGAUGUUGUCUAUUUGAAUCUUCCAGCAAAGCGAGAUGUUCCCAUCUGUUUUCACGAUGCGGUUCUUUUGUCUUCUCCAACGAAUCUGCGGUAUGUGCCCGACGAGAGCACAAAUGAGUGGUUGAGAAAUCAGGUUUUGGAAUUCUGUAAUCUCACACGAGAGAAUUCCUCAUGGCCGAUCACCAAUGCCCUCAUCCUCGAUCGUACCGGUGGACCCCGUCGACUCGGCAACAAACCGGACAUUGCAAGGGUAGUAGAAGACACGCUACAGGUACCUGUCGUUGACGAGCUGAGUGGAAUGGGAUCAUUCUGCGAGCAAGUAGAACCGGUUACUAAGGCGGAUUUAUUUGUUGUACCGCAUGGUUCUCAGAACGUAGUUUUUCUGUUUGCUCGACCAGGGGCUUUUAUCAUCGAGGUUUUUCCGUUUCUGUUUUACUCAACAGCUUUCAGGAACUACACUCAUGCAGCCCAGUUACAUGUUUACUCCCUGUUGGGGCUGCUACCUCCCGGUGACUGGCAGUUGAGGUUUUUCUCCAUUUUUGGCUGGGAUUUUUGCUUCGAUAAAUUGCGGUGGUGUAAGAAUCAUGCUCGGGGUCAGAAGAUCUAUGCCGACCUGAAUGAGCUAGAGAAGGCUUUGUCGAUGAUUAGUCGUACGAACGGUUCUUUCACCUGACUGGAGUGAGCUUGGCAUACAACAGAUCCAGUAGGUUUGAUAUUCUUUUGUACUGAGCAAUAAGGUGUUCUCACAACGAUGAUUCAGGUAUUUGAUGCAAGAGCACUUAGUUGUGUGAAUUGCAGCUAUUGUAAUUGUGCGAGCCGAUUUGCUCGGUGUUGUUAAAAGCUUGCGUGUCCAGCGUGACCAUCUUACGAGCAGCAAGAGGCAGAGGUUAGGCUAGGUUAGUUUAGAACAUUCAAUGCCACGGAGAAACCCAUACAAGAGGCAAACUUAGUAGAUUGUAAAUUAGCUCCUCACCAUUGUAUUGGAUGACACAUUUUAAAUCAAAAUUAAUACACCCCCACCCUAGUGCGGGUGUUCGAAGACCAAGUUUCA